AUGUCGUCCGCCAACAAGAACAACAUUAACAACAACUCAACAUUACAAGUCACAUCUUGUUCUACGCCCUCACAAGGGCCCCUGCUGCCGGCACAUUCAAAUAGCCCUCAGUUUCCACAACCCCGGCGUCCACGCCCCAGUAAGGUGCAGACGACCAACCUGGUAGCAGCAGCAGCAGGAGCAUCAUCAUUAUCGUCGUCACCACCAUAUUCUCAGACAACACAAAACGCACCCACGUCGGCCAUCACCAACUCAUCCAUGGCCUCCAGUCCUCUGCAGGCAUCCCCCACCAUGUCUCCAGAAUCCGCCAUGCCCACCACCACCAACACCUCCAUACAGGCCUCCCCAGACCAAGCACCUGAUAGGGAGCCUAACGAGGGGCCCUCGGCCGUGCCCCCGCCCAUGGAGCUCCCGCCCUCCAUCGCCUCCGCCCAGGCCAGCAUCUCGAGGAAGACCAGCACCACCUCGUUACCACAGAGCCUGACGAGCGAACGCUCAGCACAGAAUGAAUCUCAGCCGACAAAGAGCAGCGGCCUGCUCAGACGGUUCUCCAACAAGGUGAAAGAGGGCUCGCGGCUCAUCAGCAGCCGGCGUACGUCCUCGACACAACCCGUCAGUCGUGAUACCAGCAUAGGCCCAGCUGUCAUGCGGCGCGGGAGAAGCGAUAGUAGUGUCACGGCCCCACCUGAUUAUGCCGUCGCAGUCUGCUCCGAGAGUGACGAUGAGGCUCUCGGUACCUGUGGCGGGUCCUCAGUGGCUGCCACAUCCACCAUCUCGUCUAAUAUCCACUCGGGUCCCGUCGUCCAGCGCGUGUUAUUGCAGGGCACGCCCAUCACUAAGGUCUCGGCGAAGCGGCGGAAGCGAUUGACCUUAGUGCUUGAUCAAGAUGCCGGCAAGAUCACCUGGGACAAGAAUCGACCAUCCAAGUCCGUAUACAUUGAUGACAUCAAGGAGAUACGCGUCGCCCCAGAGGCUCGACAGUACCGCCUGGACUGUGGAGUAGCCGAGUCCGAAGAGCCCCGUUUCUUCUCCAUCUUGUAUGCCGUGCCAGACAGGAAGCAGAAGACCAUGCACCUCAUUGCGGAUGAUGAACAGCACUUCGAACACUGGGUCACCGCCUUGUUUGCCCUGUCCAAGCAUCGUCAAGAUCUCAUGACAUCGCUCAUGGCCUUCAAUGACAGGGCCAUCAAGGAGUACUGGCGCAAGGAGAUGGCCAGGAUCUAUCCCGAAAACCCUCCCAUCGAAGAGGAGCUCGAUUUCGCAGGCGUCGAGCAGGUCUGCCGCAACCUGCACAUCCACGUCUCCCCAGAGACCCUCAAGGCCAACUUUGACCAAGCCGACAAGACAGAGACGGGCAAACUCAACUACGGCGAAUUCCAAGAGUUCGUCCGCAUCAUGGCAUACAGGGCCGAUGUCGACAAGAUAUACAGGGAGGAGAUCCGCCCUAGCCACAAGGACGGGCUCGAUUUUGACGAGUUUCUCUGGUUCCUCAGGGAGAUCCAAAACGAGGACGUCACCGAUCGUGCAGCCUUGGAGGUCAUCUUCAACCAGUUCAGCCGCAAGUUCUCGUCGUCUUCCUCGUCGUCGCUGUCGUCCUUCAAUACCAAGUACGGCAGCGGCACUGAUGACGGCACUACAGAGAAGCCACGCAUGAGUCAGGCUUCCCUUGCCAAGUAUCUCAUGUCGAACCACAAUCUCCCUCUUGAACUUGUCCCCGAGGACUGCGAGCUUAACCGGCCCGUGAACGAGUACUACAUCUCUAGCUCUCAUAACACCUACCUCACCGGUCGCCAGUUUGCCGACGUCUCCAGCAUCGAGGGCUAUAUCUCGGCCCUCAUGCGAGGCUGUCGGUGUGUCGAGGUGGACUGCUGGGAUGGGCCCGACAACCAGCCCAUGGUCACGCACGGAAAGACAUUGACCACGGCCAUCCUGUUCCGUGAGGUCAUUGUUGCCAUCAACAAGUACGCCUUCGUCAAGUCGCAGUACCCGCUAUGGGUCUCCCUGGAGGUACACUGCAGCCCGACACAGCAGGAGGUCAUGGCCAACAUCUUAAAGGAGAUCUUUGGGGAGAAGCUCGUGACGGAGCCGCUCGAGGGUGCCAAGGACCAGCUUCCCACCCCGGAGCAGCUCAAGGGCCGGAUCCUCGUCAAGUGCAAGUCACCCAACCUGAACGAUCCCAGGGCUCCUGAAACAGGCGCCGCCGCCGCCGGCGGCAGCAGCAGCAGCAGCAGCAGCACGGGCAGGCGGCGCGGUAACAGCCUGACGUCUCCUUUCUCUCGGCCCACGGCGCCUUCGGAGGCGUCCAUCCCCAACAGUCCUCUCCUCAGCCCCAACUAUCUUGGCAGCCGGCGCAAUAGCAACCGCCGCGUGAAUACGAUCACCGAGGGCGAGAUCUCGGACGUCCAGGACGCGCUGAGCAGUAGUUCCAGCGACGACAGCGGACCAGAGAAGACUGGGCGGUCGAGACAGAGCAAGAUCACCAAUGUGCUUGGUGACCUGGGUGUCUACUGUCUCGGGGUCAAAUUCAGGGGCUUCGAGGAUGCGGACUGCAAGGUCUUCAACCACAUCCUGUCCUUCAAGGAGCGCACGUUCCUCAACAACAGCUCGACCAAGAGCAGCAAGGACGCCCUCUUUCGCCACAACAUGCGCUACCUGAUGCGCGUCUACCCUGGCCAGCACCGGCUCACAUCAACCAACUUUGACCCGCUGAUUUAUUGGAGACGCGGCGUCCAGAUGGCUGCUCUGAACUGGCAGACCUUGGACCUGGGUAUGCAAUUCAACCAGGCCAUGUUUGCGGGCGGCAAGGACGGCUCUGGCUACGUCCUGAAGCCACGCUCCUUCAGGGAGAUACAGAUGGUCUCGGAGGAGCUGGCCAGCAAGCGGGAGCGCAAGGACGUCAGCUUCACCAUCGACGUCAUCUCGGCCCAGCAGCUCAUGCGCCCGACCAACCUGGGCGAGCGCAGAACGGUAGACCCGUACGUCGAGGUCGAGGUGUUCCUCGCUGACGAUAAGCGGGACAAGCGAGAUGCCAGCGGGCAGCCGCUACGCUGGCCCCUCAAGUCGCGCACCAAGGUCGUCAGGGAGAAUGGCUUUAACCCCAUCUUCCAGACGCCGUGCAAAUUCGACGUCAGAACCAAGUACCCUGACCUGGUCUUUGUCCGAUGGUCUGUGAAGCUGUCUGACAAUGGCAACUACAACGACCGGUCUCCUGCCAUUGCGACUUACACGGCCAAGCUGACGAGCCUGAAACAAGGGUAUCGCACCCUGCCGCUCCUGGACCACAACGGCGACAAAUACCUGUUCUCAACACUGUUCUGCCGCAUCAAGGUGGACAACAUCACCAGCGUCUUCGUCGACUACGAAGCUGGGACUGACAACUCUAACAAGUUCAAGAGGGUCGGCAGGAGCGUCUUCAACCGCAAGGAGCAGAGUCCCAAGUCCAGCAUGGAUAAGGACUCCGUCGUCCCGGCGCAGCUUCCUUCUCAGACCUCCAUGUGACGCAGAGUGUGUACACGAGGAUCUGAAUGUUGUACUACUACUACUACUACUACUACUACUACUACUACUACUACUACUACUACUACUACUACUACUACCACCACCAACACUAUCACACUCUCAUCGCCUUCGAUUCGUCAAACAAAGCGGCAGGCACCAUAUGUUGUAUUAUGAACAUCAGGAGCGUCUUCGUUUCUUUAUUCAGCACGCCAUGAGCUUGACGCCAUGAGCCCAUCAUUCUCAACCCGACCUCGAUGGCCGUUCACCCUAACCCAAAAGUAGGGACUGCAAAAUUCGGGCCCCUGAAGAACAGGGCAGCAACAAGAAUAACAACAGC